AUGGUCCCCAAAUUCGACUCACCCCCAUCCACACCAAAUUCAUUUUCACAACCGCGACCUCGAGCACCGAAAUCCCCCGGGCACUUGGCGCGGAUUCGAGUGCAGAAUCGCAGGCGGGCGUAUUUGGACAGACACGCCGAAUACUUCCAGUCGAGUGAGCAUGAGCUGGCAGAUCCCCUCCUCUAUGACCACCUAAUCCGGCGCUUCCAAACACCAGCAGAGCGCGAGGCCGAGGGCCGAUCCAAGGGGUAUGCGCGUGUCCUCGAAGGGUCGCUGCUCCGGGGCGAAGAGCGGUUGGCCAAGUUGCGAGAGGGCACAGUGGGUGCGAAUGGGGGGCAGUUGGACUCGGAGACUGGGACUGGGAGUGGUACUGCUGGCAGCCACUCUAACGGCGUUGGUGCCCCAGGGACAACAACCACAACCACAACAGCAACGACAACAACAACCCCCUUCAGCACCCUAACAGCAACCCUCACCACACCCCCCCACACCCGCGCCGAAGGCCGUGAGCAAUGGGAAGCCUACCUGCGCGACCGCUUCAUACGCGGCGAGGACGGCGACUUUGAUGACUAUGCCAAGGUAGACGGGGACGACGAGUAUGAUGAGCUAGAGAGGCAGGCAAGGGAGGAGGCGUGGUUUGAGGAGGAGGAGGCUGCGUGGGAGGUUGGCGACGAUGAGGAAGGGGAGGAGGAGGGGAGGGGUGGAAAAGGGGGUUGUGGGACAGGGGAGAGGGUGUUGGAGGGGGAGACGGGGGUGCAAGACUUUUAA